UCGUUGUUUUUCACUUUCGAGAAAAUGGCGUCAGCAGAAGAUGUCAACCAUACACAAAACUCAGAGUCAGAGGCUCCUAAACUUUCUGAUUUAUUAGAUCGUGGAUGGAAAUUUUAUGAAGAAGUAGAUACUACAAAUGAGCCUACAGGAUCUAAUCCAAUUCAAGUGAAAGUUAAGCGCGGAAUUAUGCAACUGGAAGAGGCAACGCGGAUGGUCGCCCAACUCGAGUUAUUCAGUCGGAAUGAAGAAUUGGAGGAGAUUGCUACAACAGACUUAAAGUAUCUAUUACUUCCUGCUCUACUUGGCGCGUUGACCAUGAAACAGGUGAAUUUGUCCAAGCGGUUGGAGCAAGUUCAAAUGGCCCGUGUGUAUUUUCUGGAUUUCUUGAAGAGAUGCAAGGAGUACAACAUUAGCAAAUUUGAGCUGCCUAAAUCCAGCGAGACUUCAGAUGACACUUCUGAGGAGGAUGAUAGUCGGCCUCCACGCCCUCUGCAACAAGCAGACCUCAUCACCAUGGCCACACAAAGACAGGCUAAAAUUGAAAGGUAUAAUCAGAAAAAAGACACGGAGGCAAAACUCUCAGAGAUCAAAGCAGCAGUAGAGAGCGGACAGGCAGAUGAUGAGGUUGUGCGGGAUUUCUACCUCCUUAACAUCCGUAGGUGGAUCACUAUUGCCCUGGAGGAAAUCGAGAGUAUCGAUCAAGAAGUAGAGAUUCUCAAGAGGAUGGAUGUUCUCAAGCAGAGUUCAGCACAGUCAUCUCAGCCAAAAAGGCCCCCCAUGAAGCCAUUCAUCCUCACUAAAGAUGCUGUGCAGGCAAAGGUGUUUGGGGCUGGUUACCCCAGCUUGGCGACUAUGACGGUGGAUGAGUGGUAUGACCAGCACAGGAGGCAGGGUUGCCUGCCUGACCAAGGCAUCCCACGUGGCCCCAGCAGCUCUGCUGACUAUGACGCUGAGGAGCGAGAGAAAGAGGAGAAGGAGAAACAGGAGGAGAACGACGACGAGGAGGCGUUGCAGAAAGCAAGGGACUGGGACAACUGGAAGGACACUCAUCGGCGAGGCUACGGCAAUCGCCAGAACAUGGGCUGAAGGGGCCCCCACGCACACAUUGUCCACACGCCACGCCACGUACACACACACACACACACACACACACCAUGCCAACCACACAAAAAAAAAUCUCUCUUUCUGUCUGAUUUGUUUUUUUUAUUCGGAAAUAAAAAAUGGACAGUCUAGGCUGCCUUUGUGUAUGAGACACGCUGUGAUAUCCUGCAGCCUUGAGUUCUGCUCCUUAAUACUGAAGGGCAUCUGGGGCAAGGGGAACCGCCUUCUCUGGCCACUCUGUCCCGGGAACCAGUAGUGUUUGGUUUGAAACCGAUCCCACACCAAGCCCUCUUGGUUUUGCUCAGUUGGAAAAUUAUGCCAAUAGCCAAAGCUGGGGAUAUUCAGUGGAAUUUAUUUCCCUCCCCGACAAGUAUUUGACCUAUUUCAGAUGACCGCUCAAAAGCACUCGGACAUUUACUGAUUUAUUCGAGACAUUUUGUCUUUGUUAUGUUAGUUUUUUCUAUUCUAGUUUGAUUUGUGUCUGGCUCUCAAUCUCAGUGUCUUAGUGGCGGUACCCCCAGCUUGGCCUUUGCAGAUAUUUGAGAUUGUUUUUGAAGAAUUUCAGGAGCAACCUUGGGUACUUUGGAAGCAGGAACAUUGACGGUGCAGAAUGCUUGUGUGUGUGGUGGAACACUGUUAAUAGGUGGUUGUUGUACAGCUGUACGGAUCCAACUUUUCUCCACUGCAUACUGCGGUUGCUAAUGUAGCUAAUGCUUCAAACCCUCUGCCCCUCUGAUGUUUGGGGUUUGGCAGCAAUCCAAAGAAGUGGGUUUGGUUAUGCCGUGCAUGGUUUCACUUCCAGUGACGAUAGCCUACUUAUUUAUCAAGCACCCGGGCCACACUAUCAGCCCAUGAUUGUGGAGGGGUAACGCUAAAUAUACUGACAGUGGGUUAAAAACAAUAUGUUGUAAUAAGGAAAAAAACAAUGCCGUAAUAAUCAGAGAUUUCUGUGAAUUUGUUUAACACACAGUGGCUCAAACGGUAUUUGUUUUUAUUUCACAAGGACUCAUGGAGUUUUAUACAUUAGCUUGGGUGUUCUGCUGUGAAGCUGACAGAUGCACAAAUCGUGAUUCAUAUUUAUUUGAAUCUGCUUGUAGCUGGGAUUGUGUGUUGUGCCAUGUUCAGUGACUUUAUUGUCACCCUGUAAAAUUAAAGGAGGCAUCAUAUUCUACUUUUCUCUGGUCUUUGUUUUGCCAAAAGACCCCAUGGAUAGAACAGAACAGUACACUUAGUGAUGAAUUUGUGAGGUCAAUAACAUGUAGUUAAGAGAUGUAGGGAGGUAUGUAAACAAUGUCAAGAUGAUCCAUGUCAAGAUUCCAAAUGGACAGGAAAGGUAUUGCUCUUAACAUUUUCUUCUGAGAAUGUAGGAUAGCUUACAAAGACUUACUAGACUCCUCAAAAUUGGCCUUGACAAGUGUGUUUUAAAUAAUUACACAAUCAAAUAAUUAUGUACAAGUAUUGAAAAAGAACUCUUCUCCCAUAAACUCAUGUCAUCAUCUUAAGUCUACUGCAAGUCCUCAAUACCUCCCGUUCAUCACGGAUCUCUGGAGCUGAGGGGCGCUGUAGUCAGGCUGGGGAAAAGGUGGCUGGGAUGGAGAGGAAUGUGGGAAAUCCGCUGCCAUCACCCUCUGAUAUGAGAACACACAAACACAUAUGUAGUCAUUGCUGAAGACAAGUCCAUCCAUGGUGUCAGCCCCGGGUUUGAAAUCUUUUAGCUCAUGUAUUUGUCAUUGCAAAACUUCAAGAUACAAAAAGAAAAUGCCAAUAUCAAAAUCAUGCUUACACAGUACCCAUACUCCAUUACCACUGGGUGUUUUUCAAUGAGGCCAUUUUGUAAAUUCCCUGGUUUAAAUUGCUGUCAAUUGUGCUGUGUUUUCAAUACUGCACAAUAUAACUUAUUCUCGAUGGUUUUAAUAACAUAAUCUACUCCGCUCAUGCCGUGUCCCAUUUUGUAUAUUUAAAUGGAUGUGAUUAAAGGAAGCAAAAAAAAUGA